AUGGAGCACCAGAUUGAGCAUCAACCCUCACCAUCCUCUAACUCCGACUCCUCAGAAGGGAGCAACUGGCUUGAUGUCGAGCCUGACAUGGAAUGUGUCAAAUAUAUAUCCCUCUUUGAUGCGAACUCGUUCAAAACGCUCCCCGAAAUGCUUGAAUAUUGCAAGCAGCAGCACAAUUUCGACCUCAUGGCAAACGCUCGUCGCCUCCGGCUCGACUUCCUCGGGACCGUGAAGCUGGUGAAUUUCAUUCGCACCUACAUCGAGAGCCAAUCUGCACUGCCGGAAAGAAUUUCGGCAGAGGACAUUGACAACGAGCGCUAUCUGAAGCCAGUGCUUGAGGAUGAUGCGGUUCUCUUCUCUCUUGAUGAAGUAUUGGAAACCGCUGGUGAAGACGAGAAGUCGGCGUCAUAUAUAGUGAAUGACGCAGCCAGUGACCUUGAGCGAAGCAAGGCAUUAGAAGCGGAACUACAGUCCAUUCGCGAAAAUUUCGCAAACUAUCGACUUGCGGUAGAGCAGACACUAAAUCGUCGCUGGGGUGUCGAUGAUACACCCAAGGCAUCUCUUGGUUCCAAUUGCAAGGAUCCGUCGGGCUAUUACUUUGAGUCGUAUGCUGCGCAUGAGAUUCAUGAGACAAUGUUAAAGGACUUUGUCCGCACUAAUGCGUACCGUGACUUCAUUUAUCAGAAUAAACAACUCUUCAAAGACAAGGUAGUGCUGGACAUUGGAUGCGGGACCGGAAUUCUGAGCAUGUUUUGCGCGAAAGCUGGUGCAGCUCGCGUAAUUGGCGUGGAUAAAUCCGACAUUAUUGACAAAGCUCGAGAAAAUAUUUUCAACAACAACCUGUCAGACAUUGUAACCUGUGUAAAGGGUAACAUUGAGGAUAUGACGUUGCCUGUCGACAAAGUCGACAUCAUCGUCAGCGAAUGGAUGGGAUAUUGUCUACUGUAUGAAGCCAUGCUGCCAAGUGUUCUCUUUGCCAGGGACAAAUAUCUGCGGCCUGAUGGCAUUUUGAUUCCUAGUUCUGCAACACUCUGGAUUGCGCCGGUAAGAGACGAAAUUUAUAUCUCGGAGCAUAUAUCAUACUGGCGAGAUGUCUACGGCUUCGAUAUGAAAGCAAUGCAGGAAGGAAUAUAUGACGAGGUUCGGAUUGACACUAUGCCAAAAUCCUCGCUUUGCGGCGAACCGUUUUCUUUCAAGGUUCUGGAUUUGUAUUCAGUCAGUCCCGAAGACCUGUCUUUCAAUGCGGAAUGGGCUACGGAGAUGAAUGCGGUGCCCGGGGGGGUAGACGGGUUUCUUAUUUGGUUUGAUACCUUUUUCUCGCCCUCCAGAACUGCCUCGCUACCUCAAGCCAUGACGACACCUCAUACUUUUAGCCUUGCUGGUCCAGGUAAUGUAGCAUUUACUACUGGUCCGGACGGUCCAGAGACUCAUUGGAAGCAAGGCCUUUUGCUAGCAGAGCCGCAAGAGUCCACUCAACCCAUAUUGACGCUGCACCGCCUGGUUGGGAAUAUAACUUUCUCUGCACAUUCUGACAAUGCACGAGCUCUCUCGCUUCGUAUUGCAUGGUCCACGGAGCAUGGCGAAAAUGUUCAGACGUGGGAACUAAAAUAG